UUGUACAGUGAGUCGAGCAGAGAAUGGCUGUCAAAACAGCAACUUGCUUCCUGUUGCUAGCUGCUGUAGCUUCCGUCGAGCUGAUCCAGGUCAUGUUCGACCAGUUCAAGCAUUGCAAAAGCAACGGAAUUCUGAACUGUAACUUGAGGGUGCACAAGAUCAACCGAACGGUGGCAUCGCUGUACGGGACCGCUACUUUUAGGGUGGAUCUUGGCGAAAGCUUUGUGACUUCGUGCGACGUAUUCCACAGCCCGUUGGGUAACAACCAGUACAACCUUUACCCACUGAAGAUUCCCCAGGUUUCGGUGUGCACCUAUUUGGAAAAGUACUGGGAGGACUACUACCCGUACAUUGUUGGGGCCGUACCAAGCGCCCCAAAGCCAGGUGAAUGUCCCGUGUCGGCACGGGAACUGCACUUCAACGAACUGAUCAUGGAUGCCAGGAUGUUUUCCCCGUACAUGCCGACCGGUCUCUGGAAGCUGGUGUGGCGGGCCAGUGACACGAACACUGACAAGCGGUUUGAGGUGGAGCUUACGUUCAGGGUGUAUCCUGAUGGUCACUUUUGA